ACGAACACUUGAAAAAUCAAUUCUCACUUCUAAGUCUGAGAGAGAGAGAAGGAUCAGGGAGAUUCUUCUUCUUCUUCUUCUCCUGAGUUCUAAAUUGUAAUCUAAGCUAAGGAUUAUGAAUUAGAAUUAUGGCUUCGCUGAAGAAAAGUUGAUUCAGCAUCUAUCAUUUGACAUUUCUACCCUCUGGAUUUUAAUGGCCGAUCACUCAGACUCUUCUCCUCUCGUCCCUCCCCUUCCUCUCACUGACCCUUCCGAGAUCGACCUCGAAGCUGGUCCCUCCGAACAAAUCCAAUGCCGAAUUUGUCUCGAAACCGAUGGUAGAGAUUUCAUAGCCCCUUGUAAGUGCAAAGGUACAUCCAAAUAUGUACACCGAGAAUGUUUGGAUCAUUGGCGAGCAAUUAAGGAAGGGUUUGCCUUUGCUCACUGUACAACAUGCAAGGCUCCUUACCAUUUGCGUGUUCAUGUUGCUGCUGAUAGGAAAUGGCGGACCCUGAAAUUUCGGUUUUUUGUCACCAGAGACAUUCUGUUUAUUUUUCUGUCUGUCCAGCUUGUCAUUGCAUCACUGGCAUAUUUGGUUUAUCUAAUAGAUGGUUACCAGCAAUAUUGGCUUCGUCUUCUCUGGGGUUUUGACAGUGAAAUGAGCUUUUACUACAUAUGUGGAGCUCUAUUAUUUUUCGCACUGCUUGGUCUUUCUGGGUGCUUCAUUACUUGUUAUGAUCGAAGAGUUCGCAAUGAUUUAGCUCAGCCGUGUAGAGAGUUAUGUCUUUGUUGCUGUCAACCUGGGGUUUGUGCAGACUGUCAUUUGCCAGGCACUCUUUGUAUGUGGACUGAUUGCACUACUUGCUUUGAGAGUUGUGGAACCAUGGCAACUGAAUGUGGUGGCUGUUUGGGUGGUGCCGGGGAAGCUGGGCUACCAUUAUUAUUCAUAAUGGCUUUGGUUGUUCUGGGACUUUUUACUGUAAUUGGGAUAUUCUACAGCGUUUUGGUGGCUACCAUGGUAGGUCAGCGGAUAUGGCAACGUCAUUAUCACAUACUUGCAAAAAGGAUGUUAACAAAGGAGUAUGUGGUUGAAGACGUCGAUGGAGAGCUGACAGGAUCUGAUUGGUCUCCCCCAGCUCUCCCUCCCGAGCAUGUUCAGCAGUUGAAAACAUUGGGUCUACUGUGAGUUUGUAAGAGUCACCAGUCAUCUACUUGAUGACAAUAAUGACAGUAGAGAUACAUUGGCCUUCUCCCAUGUUUUGGUAAGCUGGUCAUUUUCGUGAAGACCUGCUAUUAAUUGAUAAUUGUGUAAUAGCCACUCAAUUCAGUUUGGCUAGAGUUGUACACUUAUGCUGAACUAUUGAUAUGUGGAAAAUUGUGAAUGUCUGACACACGCCUACAGUCUACUUAUGUAAAGAAAAUGAAAGAGGAUUCUUGAUUGCCCGAUAACCGGUUACAGGUACAUCGCCAUUUCUUUUCCCUGAUGCGUUGCUGCUUGGUUAGUCAUGUUUUAUUGGUUGCUUGUUGCAUUUGUUGUAAAUAAUUCUAACGGUAAAAUUUCAUGCCUACAACUGCUCCGUGAUACAAGGAAAGAUGUUUGGUUUCA